CGAGCAACAAGAAUUUCUAGUACAACAACUGCUAAUCCAUAUAUUGCGUUAGCUGGUAUUUUGGGAUCAACAAAACACAAAAAUUUGGGUCAAUUAACAACACUUCGAAUAGGUCAUGAUAAUACUGGUUUAAUGCCUCGAUGGAGUAUUGAUCAUGUUCUUGUUCGAAAUCAAUUAACAAACAAUAUUUAUCGAUUUCCAUGUGGACGAUGGUUAGGUAAAGGUAUUGAUGAUGAUAGUUUAGAGCGACUUCUUUUUAUUGAUUCGACAUAUUCAUGUGAAAUGAAUGAUAAUAAUACUAAUGGUUUAUUCGAUUCUGGUUCACCAUUUCAAUUAAUGACAACAAGUUUCAUAAGUGGUGGAUCUCAAGUAAAUUUAUCAGCUUCUGUACGAUCACGAUCACCUAGUUUACGACGUGUCAAUGAUCAAAAUUUUGUCUUCAGUUGGCUCACGGAAAAAUUUUAUUGUCGUCGAUCAAUUAAUCAAUUAGUUAAAUAUUUUGAUGAACCUGAAAAAAAAAAAGGAUUAAUAACACCAAUUUUAUGUGGUGAAGAUGGUCUUGUUAAUGCAUUAGAAAAAACUCUUUCCUGUGGUUUAAAAAAAUCAACUGGUAAUGUUCCAUUUUUUGGCGGUGGACGAAAACGAUAUGUUUGGGACUUCUUAAUUAAAAUUUGUGAUGAAUAUGAUGGACGUCGAUCCCAAUGGCAACUUACUAAAUUAGAAAAAAACUAUUAUUUGUUAUAUAAAUGGAGUUCGAUCAAUUGA